AUCGGAGCUUAUCAGUUGUGAUGGAAGAGGUACCUUGAUGGGACACGACGCGCUUUCAUUGACGGUUCACAAUCAAAAACACAUUUAAACAUCCCGGAUGGACUGGACACCUGAACGGAGACUCAAGUUCAUCACAAGCUGAUCUUCAUAUCAACCAUGCUCCCGCCAAUUGACAACUCAGUGCUUGAAAACAAUCCCCAGUUCGCAAACCUCUACAAGGGCUUGACGGAGCUUCUCCUCAACGAAGAUGGCUCAACCAAGCUUCAUCCACAGAAUCCAGUGGCCCAGGAGCGCAAGGCUAUCACCGAUGAACUAACCAAACACCGUCUCGCCGCCGCCUCCGAAACCCUCCUCAUCCACGCCCUCUCAACCACCGGCCCCGAUCCUGAUCCCGUCCCCAUUCCCGCGGAACGGCCCGACCAAAAACUCCAAACUAUCCCUGGCGGUCUUAUCCAACGCCGCUACGAAAGACCACGGCUCACCCAACCACCACCACCAACCUCCAUCCCGCCCAACCUCAAACAACCACUAACCGACCUCCUCCUCCUUCUCCCCUCCUUCCUCUCUCUAGACUUCUCCUCUCCCGAACCCCCUCUAGACGCAGAGUCCCUCUCCCUUCUUUUAACCUCCCCACCCCUCUCCCUCCUCCCCUCCCUCCUACCGUAUUUAGGUCCCCUUUUGUCAACCACCCUUCACUCCCACGCUAUACACCUCACCCACCUCAUCCCCUUUUCCCAUCCCUCAAUAACAACAACCACCACCACCACCACCUCCAACCCAUUUUCUUCUACUACCACCCGCCUAAUCCCCCACCUCCCCACCAAAAUCUCCUCCCUCACUACCCUCACCACCCAAACUCAAACCCUCCCCCAGUUACAAUCUUCCCUCCUCAACUCCCGUCUCCAAACCGCCGAAGCAGUCACCUCCCUCCUAUCCAAAUACACCGCUUGCUUGUCCCACCUCAUCAAAACGCUCGAAGCAAAACACGGUCCCAUCGCCCGCUCUCUGGAAUUUAAGGCAUUCGAAACGGCGUUGUUGGCGCAAAAGGCUGAGAAGGAGUGUGAAUUGGCGGUUUUGGGGGUUAGGAAGGAGGUUUAUACGCCGGAGGUGAGGAGGGCUUUGGGGGAGUGUCGGGGGUGGUUAGGGGGUGAACCAAAGAGGGUGGAGGAGGAGGUGAGGAGGGGAGUGGGGUUGUUGAGGGGGUAUGGGAUGGGUUUGGAAGGGGAGGGUGAGGGGGACCCGGAAAAGGAGAAAGUGAUGAGGGAGAUUGCGAGGGUUUAUGGCGAGAUGGAGAGGGAGGUGGAGGUUGUUAGGAGGGAUUUGGAACGACUGGGAGGGGUGUGAGGGUGAAGGUCAGGGUGAUGGUUGGGGUGGAUGCUACAUACGAGUUACAAUGGGGGUUAUGAGUUAUGAGGCAUGAUAGGGCGUUUGGGCAUUGUUAAUUAUGAUACCAGGGUUUGCGAACUACAAGGGGACAGACAGAGGAGUAUGGUUUAAUGGAACUAGAGGAUUUCAUGGAAACAAUCAAGCACCUGUAACAGGGAAUCUAUUGAUAAUCCAUUCAACCGGUCUCACCCGGUGAACAGGAUGUGGUUUAAAUGGUGUGACGAAUCGAAGC